AUGUCGACCGUCGCCGACCUCAACGCCCGCAUCGUCGAGCAGGGCAACCGCGUCCGCCAGCUCAAGGCCGACAAGGCCCCCGCCGACGUCGUCCAGCCCGAGGUCCUCAGCCUCAAGGAGCUCAAGGCCGAGCUCGCAAAGCUCUCGCCCGCCGCCGACGACAAGAAGGGCGGUGCCGCCGUGAGCAAGAAGCCCGUCAAGUUCACGCUCAAGACGCCAAAGGGCACCAAGGACUGGCACCCGAGCGACAUGUACCUGCGCCAGGCCAUCUUCCGCAAGAUCACCGACGUGUUCGAGCUGCACGGCGGUGUCACGAUCGACACGCCCGUGUUCGAGCUCAAGGAGAUCCUCGCGGGCAAGUACGGCGAGGACAGCAAGCUCAUCUACGACCUCCAGGACCAAGGCGGCGAGUUGUGCUCGCUUCGCUACGACCUGACGGUCCCCUUUGCGCGAUUCCUCGCCAUGAACGGCUCGCAGUACCCGAACAUCAAGCGCUACCACAUCGCCAAGGUGUACCGCCGCGACCAGCCGGUCAUGACCAAGGGCCGCAUGCGCGAGUUUUACCAGUGUGACUUUGACAUCGCGGGCGUCUACGACCCGAUGCUGCCCGACGCAGAGGUCCUCGCCAUCGGCUGCGAGGUGCUCGAGGCGCUCGACAUUGGCGAGUUCACAAUCAAGCUCAACCACCGCAAGAUUCUCGAUGGCGUCUUUGCCGUGUGCGGCGUCCCGAGCGACAAGAUCCGCACCAUCUCGUCGGCGGUCGACAAGCUCGACAAGAUGGCCUGGGCCGACGUCAAGAAGGAGAUGACCGACGAGAAGGGCCUCGACGCUGAGGUCGCCGACCGCAUCGGCGAGUACGUCAAGCUCAAGGGUGGUCCCGAGCUCGUCGAGCAGCUCAAGCAGGACGCGCGCCUCACGGCCAACAAGACGGCGCUCGAGGGCCUCAAGGACAUGGAGCUCCUGUACAAGUACCUCGACAUUUACGGCGUCACGAAGCGCAUCUCGUUCGACCUGUCGCUCGCUCGCGGUCUCGACUACUACACGGGCGUCAUCUACGAGGCCGUCACCGAGGGCUCUGCGCCGCCUGCGCCCGUCGCGCCCAGCCCCGAGGCUGUCCCGACCUCGGCGCAGAAGAAGGCCGACCUCAAGGGCAAGAAGCCGGCGCUCAACGCCGACGAGGAGGCUGACGUCGACGAGUCGACCGUCGGCGUCGGGUCGAUCGCGGCCGGCGGCCGGUACGACGACCUCGUCGGCAUGUUUGCCGGCGACAAGAGCGCGGCGGGCAAGAUCCCGUGCGUCGGCAUCUCGUUCGGCGUCGAGCGCCUCUUUUCGCUCCUGCUCAAGAAGGCCAAGGAGCAGGGCAACGCCGUCGGUCGGGCAAAGGCGACCGAGGUCUAUGUCAUGAGCCUCGGCGACGGCCUUCUCGAGGAGCGCAUGAAGGUCGCCAAGGAGCUGUGGUCGGCCGGCAUCAAGGCCGAGUUCAUGUACAAGGCCAAGCCCAAGCUGCCCAAGCAGUUCGAGGUCAUCGACAAGGAGCGCAUCCCCUACGCCGUCCAGGUGUCGCCCGGCGAGCUCGCCAAGGGCACGAUCCGCGUCAAGCCUCAGGUCGGCAAGGAGAAGGGCGCCGGCAACGACAUCGAGAUGAAGCGCGAGGAGCUCAUCCCCUGGCUGCUCGAGAAGCUCGGCAGGAAGUGA